AUGCUGAUCUUCGUAUUUACGUCAUGUCUGACGUCAUUACUUAUGUGCUGCAUUGUGUGUCACACAAUAAGAGAUACAAACAGGCUGCUAAGAGACAAACUUGCAGACUAUAAUAAAAAUACGAGACCAACGUUCGACCAAUCAAAACAAACAGUAGUGAACUAUAGAUUAGAAAUCAUUUACAUUCAAGAGUUUGAUGAAGUAAAACAGAAAUUUUCGUUUAAUGGUCUUCCUAGGCUUUCUUGGAUAGAUGAAGAAAUGAGAUGGAAUCCGGCUGAAUACGGGGGAUUAGACUCUCUUCUUACGGCGUCUGGUCCUUUCUGGAAACCGGAUCUUACUUUAGCCAACAGUGUCGGUGGAUUAGAACCUAUUUCAGAUGAAGAACAGAAAAUACGCUUUUUACCCAACGGGUAUGUUAGCUAUAAACCAGGGAAGUUAUUUUCAAGCGCAUGCGAUGUUGACGUAACAUUUUACCCUUUUGAUAUUCAUACCUGUCACAUAAUUUUUACACCGCACGGCCAUAGACCGGACGAAGUCCUUAUUAAUGUGGAAAACACGAAAGUAGGUCAAAAGUUUUUCUUAGAAAAUGGGGACUGGAAAUUGAUUGAUUCACAUAUCAAUGUGUCUUUGUUUACGUUCUAUUCAGAGCUUACUGUAUACAUAACUAUAGAAAGAAAGCCACGGUACGCCAUCGUCAAUGUCAUUCUUCCGAUUAUAUUUUUGGCGUAUCUAAACAACGUUGUUUUUGUCAUUCCUGCUGAAUGUGGUGAAAGGAUAUCGUACAGUAUAACUGUUUUACUUGCAAUUGCCGUAUAUCUAACAAUCGUUGGUGAUAAUUUACCUAAAACGUCUUUUCCAAUGGCAUACUUCAGUUACUAUCUACUUGCUUUGUUAAUAACAAGCAUUUGUAUAACCCUGGCAACAAUUUUCAACCUGCGGAUUUACCAUUACACUACAUCCGACCCAGUUACAGGGUGUUGGGAAAAGAUCACAUCUUGUUUAAUUUGCAGGAAGACGAAACGUAAGAAAAAUGAAGUUGAAAAUACAAACGUGAAAAUAGGUAUUCAAAAUUUAAGUAACCGUGAAAAUAUGCAUUAUGAUAGAAAUAGGUCUGUACAUAAUUUAUAUUUACCUAGCUCUAAACAGCAAAAGCGUCUAAGUGAUAGACAACAAUUUAACCUAGAAGGCACAGAAAAAGGAAUCAGAGGAAUUCGCAGACAUGAAAGCGACAAAACAUUGACAUGGAAAGAUGUUAGCGUUGCCUUGGAUAAACUCUUUUUUGUAGGUUUCUUUAUUAUUUUUUCAGCAGCAACAAUCUUUUAUGUUCUGAUUAUUGUUUGCGAGCGCAAACGUUUGUGAUAAAAAUCAUCUGUUACGAUUGUGAACUGGUAUCUGUAAACACAAUCUAGUUACAAUA